AUGAAUUUGGUAGUCAAUUCAUCGGCUCAAGCUCAGCUCACCAGCUUGUUUACAACUGCAAGUUAUCUCUGGUCCGAAGAUGCAGCGCUUUCAUUGGGAAAUGUCGGGAAGUCUGAACUGUCCUUGGGUCAUACGAGUGCUUCGGACAGCCAGACAAACAACCAUUACCUAUCUCUCAUCAACUACGCUGCUGUCCUUUUCGUGUAUGUUCUCACUACACUGUUAUCUACUCUGGGAAAUCUCAUCGUUCUAAUCAUCUUUAUAUGUCGUCCUGCUCGCUUUGAACAAGCCAAACGACCCACUUCCUCCACAAACCAAAGUGUGUUUUCUGGCUCUUUUUACCGGCCCACACAGCAGCCAAUCCAUCCGGAGAAUGGGCAUUUUGGAUCUAGAAAGUUGGCGUUAGAAACGAACUUAGCAUGCCCACAGUACGCUCGUGGAUCUUCUAGAAUGAGGAGUGGCUGCCUGCCGGCCGAAGAUGGCAGCAGUUUUGCUGACGCCAGCAGAAGUAUAGACCUGAUGAAAGCAGCAGACAGAGAAGUCGACUCGAUUGAAGCGGCCAAUGUGGAUACGAGAGAAUACCAUGAAGUAAAGGAAGAAGAAGUCGAUGGGACUCUGUCGGAUGUAGGAGCACAACUGACGACGGCAACCUCGUCAUCUCGGCGUAAACAGCUCAAGAUACAGAAGUCAAUGCUGCAACCGAAGGCACGGAAGUCACGCUCAACUGACGCUCGAGUAGAUGGAAGUUACGACUUCACCAGAUUAUCAUCUCGUCUGCGACUGCCUCACUCUUUCACCGGACCACGCAAAACACGUCUUAAGGCCCAGCGACUAGGGCCCAGAUUAAGCGAUACCGGACAGAAUUGUGUCUCCAAUACGAGUCUAUGCCAGACAUCUGAAGAGGCAGUGUCAAUGCACAUCGAGGCCAAGAAUCGGCCGUUUUUAGCAUUUGUAGCCUCAGAAAGAAAGCCCAACACAAGUGAACUUUCCGAUUCUCUACCAAUUCGUCUU